GCGGCGCGGAGGUGCCGUCUCUGCUGGAGGGAAAGGCCCGGCUCCUUCCUGAAGCUGCGGCUGCCCUGGGCCAGGGGAAGCAGCAUGGAAGCAGGGGCGAUCUAUCCUCUGUCAGACUCCCCCUCGGUGAAGAUGUCCCAGUCAUCGCCAGCUGACGAAGGCACAACGUUUGAGCACCUCUGGAGCACGCUGGAGCCAGACAGCACCUACUUCGACCUGCCUCCGUCCAACCACACCGGCAGCAAUGAGGUCUCCGACCGCACGGAGGUCACGAUGGACGUCUUCCAGAUGAGAAGCAUGAAUGACUCGGUCAUGUCCCAGUUCAAUUUGCUGAACAACAGCAUGGAUCAGAGCAUCGGCAGCAGAGCAGCCUCCACCAGCCCCUACAGCUCCGAGCACACCUCCAAUGUCCCAACGCAUUCGCCCUACUCGCAGCCCAGCUCUACCUUCGACGCCAUGUCCCCAGCGCCCGUCAUCCCCUCCAACACCGACUACCCCGGUCCCCACCACUUUGAGGUGACCUUCCAGCAAUCCAGCACCGCCAAGUCAGCCACCUGGACAUACUCCCCGCUGCUGAAGAAGCUCUACUGCCAGAUCGCAAAAACAUGUCCCAUCCAGAUCAAGGUGUCCACCCCCCCGCCCCCAGGCACCAUCAUCCGGGCCAUGCCCGUCUACAAGAAGGCAGAGCACGUCACCGAGGUGGUGAAACGCUGCCCCAACCACGAGCUCGGCCGCGACUUCAACGACGGCCAGUCAGCCCCUGCCAGCCACCUCAUCCGGGUGGAAGGCAACAACCUCUCCCAGUACGUGGACGACCCCGUGACGGGAAGGCAGAGCGUGAUGGUGCCCUACGAGCCCCCGCAGGUGGGGACCGAGUUCACCACCAUCCUGUACAACUUCAUGUGCAACAGCAGCUGCGUGGGAGGAAUGAACAGGAGGCCCAUCCUCAUCAUCAUCACCCUGGAGACGAGAGACGGGCAGGUCCUAGGAAGGAGAUCGUUCGAGGGACGGAUCUGCGCCUGUCCCGGCAGAGACCGCAAAGCGGAUGAAGACCAUUACCGAGAGCAGCAGGCCCUGAACGAGAGCGCAGCUAAAAACGGCAACGCCAACAAACGCACCUUCAAGCAGAGCCCCCAGGGCAUCCCAGCGCUGGGCACCGGCAUUAAGAAACGGAGGCACGGGGAGGAGGAGAUGUAUUACGUGCCCGUGCGAGGCCGGGAGAACUUCGAGAUCCUGAUGAAGAUAAAGGAGAGCCUGGAGCUGGUGGAGCUGGUCCCGCAGCAGCUGGUUGACUCCUACCGGCAGCAGCAGCAGCAGCUCCUGCAGCGGCAGACUCAGCUGCAGACCCCGUCCUCCUACGGGCCCGUCCUUUCGCCCAUGAAUAAAGUUCACGGCGGGGGAAUCAACAAGCUGCCCUCCGUCAACCAGCUGGUGGGGCAGCCGGCGCAGCACGGCUCCGGCUCCGCGCCCGGCCUGGGGCCCAUGGGACCCGGGAUGCUGAACAGCCACCCCAUGCAACCCAACGGAGAAAUGAACGGCGGCCACUCGUCCCAGCCCAUGGUCUCCGGAUCACACUGCACCCCCCCGCCGCCCUACAACCCCGACCCCAGCCUCGUCAGUUUUUUGACAGGAUUGGGGUGUCCAAACUGCAUCGACUAUUUCACCUCACAAGGGUUACAGAAUAUUUACCACCUGCAGAACCUAUCCAUAGAGGAUCUCGGAGCACUGAAGAUCCCGGAGCAGUACAGGAUGAUCAUCUGGAGGGGGCUGCAGGAGCUCAAGCAGAGCCACGACUACGGGGCGCAGCAGCUCAUCCGCUCCAGCAGCAACGCCUCCACCAUCUCCAUCGGCAGCUCGGGCGAGCUGCAGCGGCAGCGCGUCAUGGAGGCCGUGCACUUCCGCGUGCGCCACACCAUCACCAUCCCCAACCGCGGCGGGGCCGACGAGUGGGCAGACUUUGGGUUCGACCUCCCGGACUGCAAAUCUCGCAAACAGUCCAUAAAGGAAGAAUUCACGGAGGGGGAGAUCAACUGAGGGUCUCCAGAAGGCAGCAGCGAGAGACCCGGGGGGGGGAAAUGAACCCCUCUAUGAAAAAUAUUUUCAGCCUUGGGUGUCUGGAAAAGUGUAAUUUUGUUGUCCAGAGGGGAACUGCGAGCGGUGCGAGAAAGAAGGGCCCCGAGCCACGAGAGGACUCGGCGGUGGCUCCGGCAGAGCUGGGGGGCGGCGGGCGGCAAUGGCAGCUGACCCAACGCCGCCGGGGGGGGGGGGCACCUGCUGGUGCUUCACAGCGGUUUGUGUUUUAACGGAGGGUCCCGCAGCCGACGGACGUGGCGUAGAGACGUUUUUCUCUUUGUGAGACCAGCCUUGGUUACUGCUUACCCACCCCCGUUCCGUAUCUCCGUGGUGCCCAAACCCGCCGGGUCUCCAUCGCCGCAGGAAGGACCCAGCCCUCCCCCCUGCAGAGACCCCCGCCAGCGACUGCCACGCACCCCCCUGUCCCGAGGGACUGCCAAAAAGUACCCGUCUCCUUCAGUGCUUUGUAGAGCAGAA